UGGAAGUAAAAACACAACACACAAAAAGGCACUAAUAAUUAAAAGCAUCUCUCGUACACACUCCCUUCAUUGGCCACUCUCCAGUCUCCACUAGACACUAGUCCUCUUCUCCGGUGCCUCUGCUACUUCCUGCGCGCCGGAAACUCGGAAAGUGGACCCACUCACUUUACCACCUUCACGUUUUUUAUCAUUUCUCGGGCACUUCAUCCAAAUCUCUGCGCCCCACUUUUCCUUUACAGUGGGUAUCAAAUGUCAAUCUAACAUCUUCAGAUUAGAAAAGGGAUACUUUGUAUUUGAAGGAAAGAAAAGUGUUACCUGGAGCAUCGGAGAUUCAACAUGUGGAGGCUGGCAAUUUGUCUAGUUGUUAAUAUUGUGUUACUAUGCUGUUGGAGGGCAUUGGCAGAUACGGAGUAUGUGUUGUACAAGGAUCCAAAACAAUCACCUUCAGCUCGAGCAAAAGACCUUUUGGGCAGAAUGACUUUGGAAGAGAAGAUUGGUCAGAUGACUCAGAUAGAUCGAACAAUUGCCACUCCUGAAGUAAUGAAGACUUUCACUAUUGGGAGUGUGUUGAGUGGUGGUGGCAGUACACCUUUGCCACAAGCUACUGCUCAAGAUUGGAUGAAUAUGGUUGAUGGAUUUCAGAAAUCCGCCUUGACUAAUCGGCUUGGAAUACCUAUGAUUUAUGGAAUCGAUGCUGUGCAUGGACACAAUAAUGUGUAUAAUGCAACAAUAUUUCCACAUAAUGUUGGUCUUGGCGCAACCAGGGACCCUGACCUUGUGAAGAGGAUUGGUGCUGCAACAGCUCUUGAAGUUAGAGCCACCGGGAUUCCGUACACAUUUGCUCCUUGUAUAGCGGUUUGUAGAGAUCCAAGAUGGGGUCGCUGUUAUGAAAGUUACAGUGAAGAUCACACGAUUGUCCAGGAAAUGACAGAUAUCAUCUAUGGUUUACAAGGAGAACCUCCUGUAUCACACAAGGGCAUUCCUUACGUUGGUGGAAAGGACAAAGUUGCUGCUUGUGCAAAGCAUUUUGUUGCAGACGGAGGGACAACUGGAGGAACCAAUGAGAACAACACUUUGACUGACAUGCAUGGAUUGCUUAGCAUUCAUAUGCCUGCAUACUCUGACUCUAUUAUCAAAGGUGUAUCAACAGUCAUGGUUUCGUACUCCAGCUGGAAUGGAGUAAAGAUGCAUGCAAAUCGUGAUUUAGUCACUGGAUUUCUGAAAAAUACCCUAAAAUUCAAGGGUUUUGUUAUCUCAGACUGGCAAGGAAUUGACCGGAUUACUACACCGCCUGGUGCCAACUAUUCAUACUCAGUCUUGGCUGGAAUUCAAGCUGGCAUAGACAUGGUCAUGGUCCCUUACGAGUUUAAUGAGUUCAUAGAUGAUCUAACCCACCUUGUCAAAAACAAUGAAAUCCCUAUGGAGCGUAUUGAUGAUGCUGUAGCGAGAAUCUUGCUUGUCAAAUUCACAAUGGGUCUUUUUGAGAACCCUUUUGGUGAUCCCAGUCUAGCGAAUGAGCUGGGAAGUGAGCCCCACAGAGAUUUGGCAAGAGAAGCAGUGAGAAAAUCCCUUGUUCUACUGAAAAAUGGUAAACCCGGAGAAGCUCCAGUGCUUCCUCUUCCCAAACGAGCAUCAAAGGUACUAGUUGCUGGUGAGUAUGCUGAUAAUCUGGGUUAUCAAUGUGGAGGAUGGACAAUUAAUUGGCAAGGAUUCACUGACAACAAGUCCACAAGAGGAACCACCAUCCUUAGUGCCAUAAAAUCUGCUGUUGAUCCAAGCACUGAGCUGGUUUACCAGGGAAAUCCUACUGGUGACUUUGUCAAGUCCAACAACUUUGAUUAUGCUAUUGUUGUUGUCGGAGAGCCUCCUUAUGCAGAGACUGCUGGAGACAGUCAGAAUCUCACGUUGGCAGAUCCCGGCCCAACUGUAAUUAACAAUGUAUGUGGGGCUGUGCAGUGUGUUGUCAUAAUCAUAUCUGGCAGGCCUCUUGUUAUUGAGCCAUACAUGAAUACAAUUCAUGCCCUUGUGGCAGCAUGGUUGCCGGGGACAGAAGGUCAAGGAGUUGCUGAUGUUUUGUUUGGAGACCAUGAAUUCACCGGAACGUUGGCUAGAAAUUGGUUUAAAACUGUAGACCAACUCCCUAUGAACAAGGGAGAUCCACAUUAUGACCCUCUCUUUGACUUGAACUUUGGACUCAAAACAGUGUCACUCGUCACUAGAUCUGUAUCGGCUGCUGCUAGUGGAGGGUCAUGCAUUCUGAUGAUAACAGUUUCUCUAUUGAUGAGUUUAUAUAAACUUGCAUUGUGAACAUAGAGUUUCAGGAGAGAUUGGUUAGAUCUAUUUAAAUAUGUGGAACUAAUUAGAUAUGUUUAGUACAUUAUUUAUUCCCAAUUAUCUUGUUUAUUCUCAAUUUGAUUUGCUGACAUUAAAUUGUGUAUUUUUACCCCUUAUUCAGAUGCAGUUCUCGCAUCUUUCUUUUCAGUA